CUCUCCUCGUAGCCCGCUCUCCUCAUCUCCAGUUCGCUGAGGGGUUUUUUUUUUUUUAGUUUUUGUUUUGUUUUUUCCGGGGAACCACUUUACUGAUAAAGUUCCGGGUCUGGGGCGCUCCGCGUAAGCAUGGAGGGCGAGAGUACGUCGGCGGUGCUCUCCGGCUUUGUUCUCGGCGCGCUGUCCUUCCAGCACCUCAAUACCGACUCGGACUCGGAAGGUUUUCUUCUCGGGGAAGUGAAAGGUGAAGCCAAGAAUAGCAUUACUGAUUCCCAAAUGGAUGAUGUAGAAGUUAUUUACACAAUAGACAUUCAGAAAUAUAUUCCAUGUUAUCAGCUUUUUAGCUUUUACAAUUCCUCUGGCGAAUUAAAUGAGCAAGCACUGAAGAGAAUACUAUCAAGUGUCAAAAAGGAUGUGGUGGGUUGGUACAAAUUUCGACGCCAUUCAGACCAGAUCAUGACAUUUAGAGAGAGACUACUUCACAAAAACUUACAGAAGCAUCUUUCAAGUGGGGAACUUGUUUUUCUGCUGUUAACACCAAGUAUAAUAACAGAAAGCUGCUCUACUCAUCGGCUGGAGCAUGCCUUAUAUAAACCUCAGAAAGGACUUUUUCAUAGGAUACCUUUAGUGGUGGCCAACCUGGGCAUGUCUGAACAACUAGGUUAUAAAACUGUAUCAGGUUCCUGUAUGUCCACUGGUUUUAGCCGAGCAGUAAAAACACACAGCCGUGAAUUUUUUAAAGAAGAUGGAUCUUUAAAAGAAGUACACAAGAUAAAUGAAAUGUAUGCUUCUUUACAAGAGGAACUAAAGAGGAUAUGUAAAAAAGUAGAACACAGUGAGGAAGCAGUAGAGAAACUACUAAAGGAUGUGAACAGAUUAAAACGAGAAAUUAAAAAAAGGAAACAAGCACAGAUUCAAGCAGCACGAGAGAAGAACGUCCAAAAAGACCCUCAGGAGAACCUUUUUCUUUGCCAAGCUUUACAGACCUUUUUUCCAGAUUGUGAAUUUCUUCAUUCAUGUGUUAUCUCCUUGAAAAAUAGACAUAUUUUGGAAAGUAGCUGUAAUACCAACCACCAACUCAGUGUGGUAAACAGCCUGACUCUAAUGGUAAAAUACACUGAUACUCCUGAAGCUAGUCCAGCUAGUAGUGCACAGCAAGUGAUGAAGCGCAAAGCUUUAGAUACAGAUGACAGAUGGCAAUUCAAGAAGUCACGGCUGUUAGAGAUAGAAAACAAACCAUCUAAAACAGAUACUGAUAGUAGUAACCAAGAAAAAGCAUCCACAAGCAGCCCAGAAACAGAUGAGGAAAUUGAGAAGAUGAAGGAUUCUGAUGACUAUCCACAAUCUCCCACAUUCUGAUCCUUUUAUGCCAAAAGAUUUUGAUUGGCUGAAGGGUAAAGCCAAAUAUUUAUAUUGUUCUAUGUACAGCUGUUUGCACUCAUACAUAAAUUUCUAGUGCAUUUAUUUUAUAAAGUACUUUUAAAACCAAAACCUUUUUUGUCCCUUUUACUAAACUAUUGAGGGAAAGUCUAGAUAGAUAGUCUUUUUAACUUGUACAGCAUUCUUUAGCAUUGGGAAAGUUAAUAUGAAUACUUAUUUUUUCUAAGUCAUUGCAAUUCCAACUUGUUAUGAUAAAUAGUACAUUAUGACUAGGGUUGCCAGAUAAAAUUCUGAACACUAUACAAUGCUAGGGACAUACUUGUAGUUAAAAAUUGUUUAUGUGAAAUUCACAUUUAUAUGUCCCAAGUAAGUAGUUUUACUUGCUAAAUCUGGCAGUUCUAAUUAUGCCAUGACUAUAAUGCAGCACAAAUAGUUUGGAUUCUGUAAAGUGAAGUACAAAAUGCUACUGUGCUUUCUACAUUUCACAGCAGCCUCUCAUUUCCAAUAUUACUCAGUUGUCCUAACUACACCUAAUUUGACAACUAUUUUUUUAAAGCUAUUUUAUUGUCCUUCCAAAGCAUUUACUUAGUUUUUAUUGCAACAGUAACUUGCUUUUUAAUGCUCAUUUUCAUCAAUACAAUAACAAAUACAAUUAACAGAUACAGGAACAAAAUAGCUGCUUCUUGGCAGUGUAGACUCACAUAGGAAAGUCAUGGGCUUCAACACGAGUUUUAGGAAGAAUGUUUAAUGUAGUUUAACCCAGUUUAAUGAGUUGGUUAAGUGGAGCUUGCAUAAGAGCUCUUUGUGUUUUUGUGUAUUUAUCUUUUUCAUAAUUGUGAGAAUUUCCACAUGAAGCCUUCACUUUUCACUCACUGGAUGAAAUGCUGAACACACUUUGACUACUUCUUUUCCAUCUGUUUCUUCCUAAUAGAGCAAAUUUGUAGCUACUAUAAAAAUUAUCUUUUAUCUAUGUUAACAUGCAUUAGUUACCAUGGGGUGCUUAUUGAAGCCCGUGUAAUAUCAGACAAUUUUACAAACAAUGAGUUUCUUCUGGGAUUGUCUGAUUACGUAAGAAGCACUGUGAUGUUGGUGGAGGGCAGGAGGGGAAAUAGGUUGUCAGUAUGAACCCUAUUAAAAAGUAACUGCAAACAGCACCAGAGCAUAUAAAACAUAAUGACUAAAUGUAACCAACAAAUGAACAAAACUAGACACAUGGACUAGAUUAAGAAUGUUAGAGGCAACGGAUAGGCAACAUACAUGCAAAUGUCUUCUUUAGAUAAUAGCUUAAGAUUUUUCAACAAUCCUACAUAUUUACUCAGAUGAAGUCUCAAUGUGUCUCCAUGUAAAGUUCAAUUGGCUAAAAUGCCAUAGAGGUACAAAAGCAUUUAGCGCAUACUGUUGCAUAGUAAUACAUGUCCUUUGAAGAAAGCAAUACUGAACUUUUGAUUAAAGGAGCUUGCUCAGGUCAUUACACAGCUGAAUUUCCACAAUUGAGUUUGAUGACCGAACAUUCAGGGUAUUUAAUGAAAAGGAGAGAGUCCAUCCAGGAAGGACUCCAGUUUUUCUCCAUCUUUAGGCAAUGACAUAAUAGAUUGCCUAUAGAUCAGUUUAUUUAAAGGAUUCUACCAGUUCAAGGCCUAUAGAUCAGUUUAUUUAAAGGAUUCUACCAGUUCAAGGAUAGACUAGACUAGGAAAAAAUGUUAGGUCCUGUGAUAGGACCACUAUCUAGCCAAUGUAACAUCUUUACAAAGGGAAGAUGUACUGCGCUAGACAAGUAUACCUCUAUUUGUUAGUUACAAGAUCUCCCUGAGCAAUUUCAGGUCCACACCCUGUCACAUUGGAAUUGUACAUUAUACAAGCAUUUAACCUUCCUGUACCCAAAUCCCUAAAAUCCCACUUACAAAACAGAACCUGUACCUAAAGUAAAAUCCCAAUACAAGCCAUCCCUUCCACAUUUAACAUCCCAUUAUCAGCAUGUAGGGGACCAUUUUGUUUUGGCUUGGCAAAUGCGACUCAGCUCUGUAUGGAAAACCUACAGAAGUGGUGGGCAGGAGCCAGACCUUAAACUGAGUUUUCCUGUGGGAAUCAGGCCUAGAAAAAUGCAUACAGGUUGUUAUAGCUUGCUCUUGCUAAAACUCCAUCACCCCAGUCUAAAACAACAGAUAUGUAUUGUCUAUCUUCAAGGUUAUUUCCAAAGCCUGUAUGAAUUCUGCCAAGGACAGAGCUAAUCAGCUCAUUGCCAUUCCUCUCUGCAUGUUAUUUUCAUUUUCUUGAUUGUACCUAAAAUGUAGACAGUAAUAUUCUAUGUAAUAAAUAAAUCUUUCUCUGAUGUAAGAUUCCAGGAAAACAGUAAAAGCCUGUCUAGGCAAGUGCCAAGGCACCCAUAGGCACUCUCCCCUUGAGAGAGUAGUCAUGCCUGUUCCUUUUCUCCACAGGAUUGUUAUUGCCUGCGCAUUCAUUCUCACCGUCAACCACAACAGGCAGACUCUGCUGGCCAGGGUCUGCCACAUCAGCAGUCUAUUAUUGUAUAGGCUAUUUGUAGACCAGAUAUAAGUGACAGUGCUACAGUACCAAUUUUUUUAUUCAUAUGUAUGUAAAUGUAACCACUAUUAACACUUAAAAUAACCUGGUUUUAUUUAAUGAAGAUUCAUUUGUGUGGAUAGGAAAUACCUCUUUACUCCUAAAACACUUUUUCCUUGUAAGAUUUUGUAUUAAGAGCUAGAGACAAUACAGUUGAAUAAGAUUUACUUUAGCAUACUAAUUUUCUAAAGGUUAUUAAAUCUUUGAGUCAACAAUUUAUUU